UACCCUAUAUCUGUAGCAUAUAUACUUGAGUAGCAUGCUUCCAUCCUUUCUGCUCGAAUCUUAAAUUUGACUAAACUAUAACUAUCUGAUUGUUAGGUAUAACUACUUCAGAAUCGCCAUUCGUUUAUAAAUAAGUCUUAUAUCAGGGCUGGAACUUGGUCUAUCUACCGGAUCUAUCGUUCAGUAUACGGUAUUGCGACUAUUCCAUGAAACAGAACCUGGGACGUCUAUUACAUACAUAGGAUCCUGCUAUGUUAAAUCAACGUUAGAAACUGACUAUAUUCUUCUUUUUCGGGUUUUGAUCAAUCAACAUGUCGUCGGUCAAUGCGAUUCCCCAUGUCUACAUGCCUGUACUAGGCUUCGUGAAAGCUGAACUCGUCAUCAAUUGUGUUUUGGUCUUGCUGGUUUUGGCGACUGUCACGUUAAGAGUUAUAGGACGACUCAAUGGACCGGGACUGGGUUGGGAUGAUUAUAUGGUUAUCUUCGCGACGCCUUUAGGUGUCGGCAUGUUAGUAUGCCAAGGCCUUUUUGCGCCUGUAGGAAAUGGCUACAAUUUGCCCGAACAUCCAGAACUUGCGGCUAAUAUUCCAUUUAUCCUUCAAUUGACAUUUUGUAUGCAAGUUAUAUAUGUCACCCUCUUAGCAUCAGUAAAAGCGAGCAUGCUGUUCUUCUUCCUGCGCGUUUUCGCCACCCCUUUCAUGCAACGCGCUGCCCAGAUCUGUUUGGGAUUCGUGGCGGCCUGGCUCGUAUCCUAUCUCGCCUCCUGCAUUUUCCUCUGCACUCCCAUCUCGGGACAGUGGACUGGUAUCGGCAAAUGUGGUGCAUAUAUCCCCAUGAUUCAAUCUUUGAUUGUGACAAACGCUAUCGGAGAUAUUGUCAUCAUGGCGCUCCCAAUGAAGAUUAUCUGGUCUUUACAAACGCGAACGACUGAUAAGAUUGGAAUCACUUCAUGCUUCGCGUUGGGUAUUGCCUGUGUUAUUUGUGCCGUCUUCCGAGUGAUAUACAUUUCCACAGUGGAUCUGAACAGCAAUAUCACAGGCACAAUGCCUACCACGGUUUUCCUCUUCAUCCUGGAGCCCAACCUGGCUAUUCUCUGCGUCAGCAUCCCGAUGCUUCGACCGUUCUGGGUGAGAUAUAAGGAAAGCACUCGCGGCGCCUCCAAGUUGCGUGAAUAUUCGGAUGUGCAGACUAUCGGAGGAUCUAAAGGCAUGAAAAAUUCCGGCCAAAGAAGCAAGAACGCGAACACCUUGACGGACACUAUGAACAUGACAACUUGGGAGAUGGACGACUACAACAACCAGGAGGCGGGUAAGUUCGAUGGUACGACAGCUACGUACGGCGAUGAGUCUGGGUCAGAGAAGAACUUGACCACGUCUACCCAGUCACCAGGAAAGAACGCGAUCGCCGUUGAGACGAAAUGGACUGUCACUCGGAACUAAAAGUUGGGAUGGAUUGUUAUCUUUUAAAGGGGGGCAUAGAUGAAAACUUCGAUAGGUAACAGCAUAGCGAAUGUUAGAAAGAAAAAAAAAAGGCUCAGCAAUAGCCACACACCAACUACACUCGGUACGAUUAUUUAAUUACAAGCCUGCGCUAUCCAGAUUAAUAAUAAAUUUAUGGUUGAAUUGAUGUACGCA